AUGCUCUUCAGCGUCCUUUCCUUGCCAAUUGUAUUCCUAGGGUUGGCCGCCCAGUCCGACCUUGCGCCUUUGGAUGCAGAUGACGAGUGUGUCGACUCGUUUGCAGGAAGCUGCAGCCUCACGGCGCUGCAAACCAGAUCACAAGUUGCACGUGGGGACGCACCGCCAGCCAACGUGUCGGCAGGACAGCCGGGACUGGUGUAUGCUGUCUACACCUAUGGUGCAGUGGCAAUCAGCAAAACACCUUUGGCAGAUCGUUCCACGCCGAGCGGGAACUUCCGAGGAGUUCGCUGCUACAGUGAGACGAUCCUGAGCGGCUCAUUGCGGCAGACAGAUAUUGCGGCGAUCUUCAUGGGACUCAGCCAUCCACGGGUGCCCACGUUGGCGCUGCAUAAGAAGAAGGAUUCCGAGUAUUGGCCGGGAGCGGGACGGCCAGACCUGCCCAAGCAUGUGGAUCAGGGCCGGACGGCUAACAUCGCCCUCCAUGACAUGAAGAACUACAUUGAGCGCCUCGCCCAUUUGCAGCUUCAUGGCCAAAACGUAGCGCAGAACAAGCCUUUCAAUUUUGCCCACCACUUCGCCUAUUUGGCUUGGGGAGCCUACGAAAAGCAGAAGUCCUGGGUUACGGGCCAGGAUGUGACAAUGGAGCAAAUCAUCGCCCACGACGUGCCCGGCUGGAAUCUCGUGGCGCAAACACAGCAGGACACGCUUGAAGCUGUUGACAACAUCUGGCUCGUCCAGAACACGGAGAGCCUGGAUUGCGUUAUCGCCUUCGAGGGCACCCACUCCUUUCAGGAGUUCUUUGGCAACUUAAAGGGCGAAGAAAAGGAGAAGGGGUAUUGUGGGCUCCCGGGCGUGCACACGGGCUAUGCCGACAAGUUGUACUGGCUCAUGAAGUACAGCAUGCCCAAGUUGCGACCGAACCUUGCCAAGUGCAACAAGGUGAGCUGCACCGGCCAUUCCCUGGGUGGCUCCUUGUGCGAAGUCGGCUGCCCAGCUCGGUGUCUAAGCCACGGGGCUGUGCGCCAGAGAAAGGGAUGCCACUGCACCCAAAAUCUCUUGACAAAGGUCUUCGCUGCAUGCGCAAACUCGGGGCAUAUCCACGACAACCACUACAAGGCUCGGGCAGACAUGGCACAGCGGGAGAAAGCAACCCGAGCUCGGUAG